GUUUGGCCUUCCUCCCUACUAGCAUGCCAGCAUUACUGACAUUCUCUAGCAUCCGAUUGGCUCCGCCAUUACUACCAUUAUUGCCACCUCUCAUCAAAGUUGGACAAAUGAUAGCCCCAUUCCUGGCCAAGAUUGCUGCUAAAGGGGCUCUGGGAAAAUACAUUAUAGCGUCUAAAACUAAGAUAUUAAUAGGAUCUAAAUGGACAGCCAAAGCAUUGCCCCUAGCCCGAGCUUACUCAAUCAAACAGAAGGCUAAUGGGAAUCGCCAUGAAGAAUAUCACUUCUGGAUUUUCGACAAGUCGGUGGCGAUCUUGUCGGUACUCACGGCUAGCUUGACGACUCUGAUUAUACUAGGCAGUCUUGAGAGGAAUCCUUUUAAUGAAAGAUGGCGCCUCCUCCAUCUGUCAAUCACAGAGGAGCGGGAACUCGGCGAGAAAGCCGCUGAAGAAAUGCUCGAGCAAUGCCUCGCAAACGACGCGCGCGCUGUGCUCGCAUCUGACCAUCCAUUGAGUCGAGAAGUUGUUCGCAUAGUGGAGUCGCUGAACAGAGAACUGCCUCAGCUACUAGACGAUUAUUUGAAAAGCUCGGGAGCUUCGCCUCACACGUGGGAGGAGAGUAAAGAGCUCAUUCCGCACUGGAAAGUGCAUCUCAUUCUCUCUGACACUUGCAACGCCACCUGCCUCCCCAGUGGUGAUAUCUUCAUAUACGUUGGCUGCAUCGCACGUUGUGGCACUCGAGAUCGUCUAGCAGCUAUAAUAGCGCAUGAGAUUGCCCAUGUUAUCAGCCGUCACGGUGCAGAACAGAUCAGUGCUGCUGCUAUUAUGGACGUCCCUCUAGGGUACUUCUCCUCAUUCGCGACGCUCUCCAUGACAGCCUUUGGUAUUUUCCGAUACCUCUUAAUGUGGCA